AUGGCGUUGGUAUCGAGAGAGAAAGAAUACAACGUGUUAGUAGGAUGGCCAGACAGAAACGAAGAGGCUUUCUUGCGUGGAAAGCCCGAGCUCAAAUCUUUGAUCCUUGAUGCUACUUCAUUUGAUGAAGAUGAUCUUUUACAUCUCACUUUGGAAAUUUUCUUGGAAGUCGGUGUUCACGAGAAGCUUGGUAUUCCCACGGAUAAGAUGAAAAGAUUCAUUUUGGGAGUGCGGGAUAGAAUGCUUGAUAAUCCAUACCAUAACUGGACUCAUGUUUUUGAUGUGAUGCAAACAGUGUACAGCCUUGCAACAAUGUGCCGUGCUUUUGAUAAGUUGUCAGACAUUCAAACCUUUGCCUUGAUUGUGUCGGCUCUUUGCCACGAUUUAGAGCACCCAGGUGUUAACAAUCUCUUCCUGAUCAAGUCAAGAUCUUCUUUGGCAACACUGUACAACGAAACCUCUAUCUUAGAGAAGCACCAUGCAUUUCGUGCUUUUGAGCUGAUGUUUCAUGCAAAUACAGAUCUGUUGUCCAGCUUUACCCCGGAACAAUAUGCAGACUUUCGUGAAAUAAUGAUGAGCAUCAUUCUUGCAACCGACAUGGCUCGACAUGGAGAUUACAUGGCUCGUUUGAAGCAAAUUUUGGCUGAAAACGAGGGUAAAGAAGGUCAAAUCGAAGUGGAUGAACUCUUUCUUAUGGAGAUCAUCAUCAAGUGCGCAGACACUGCUAAUGUGCUCAAGCCAUUCGAAGUUGCAAAGAAGUGGGCUCUGAGAGUAACAGAUGAAUUUUUCCUGCAAGGGGAUAUGGAAAGAGCUAGUGGAAUGGAAGUCACGCCUAUUUGCGAUAGAACUUCUCAAAGCAGGGUGGCUGUACAGAAAGGCUUCAUCGAUUUUGUGAUCACACCAUUUUACACCUUGGUUGGCAACUUGCUGCCGGACUUG